AUGAUUUGCCUUACGGAGACUAGGGCCAAUGAUGAUCGGGUUAAUCGGUUUUGUCGGUGUCUUCCUGUUUCGUGGGACUGGUCUGCUAUUCUUGCCGAUGGUUUUUCAGGGGGCAUUCUAGUUGCUUGGCGGAAGGUUAUUGGUAGGGUUUCUCCGAUUGCUAUUUCUCGGAGAGCACUUCACAUGAUCAUUUCUCCGAAUCAAUUUGGUAACUGUAUCAUUUCGGUUAUUUAUAACUCAGUGCACUUUCAUUCUCAAUGUUCUUUGUGGAAUGAGCUUUCUAGGUUCUCUUCCAUUGGAAUCCCUUGGCUUGUUAUUGGAGAUUUUAACACUAUUUGUUCUAGUGAUGAGCAUAGGGGUGGUUCUUUUUAUUAUUAUGCUCGCAAGGCUCGUUAUUUCGUUAACUUUAUUGAGAGUACUAACCUUCUGGAUUUGCAGUUUAUUGGUCCUAGAUUCACUUGGUGUAAUAAGAAAGCUGGUACUGCUCGACGCUGGGCUCGGUUGGAUAGAGGGUUGAUCAAUUUAGAGUGGUCUUCUCGUUGUCGCUCAACCAGAUUUCAGCACCUCCCGAAGGUUUUUUCCGAUCAUGCUCCCCUUUUGGUGACUGUUAAUCUUUCUAAUAGUCAUAUUCGUAGUCCCUUUCGCUUUAAUAAUUAUUGGUUGGAUUAUGUUGGUUGUCAUAGUGUUGUUCGCAGGGCUUGGGCUUUCUCCCCUAAUGGUACCCCUAUGCAUGCUUUUACUCACUUGCUUUUUAGAUUGCGUGCUAAUAUUCUUAAUUGGUGUAAAGAGGGUUUGACUAAUCUUGAUAUGGAUAUUAAGAAUACUGAAUCCAUUAUUUCUUCUCUAGAAAUGUUUGUUGCCUUUGAUGAUGGUACGCAGGGUCUUCUAGAGGAGAUGUAUGCCAAAUAUGCAAUGUUGGAAAAGCAAAACACCAACAAAUGGGCCCAGCGUGCACACUUGGCCUGGGUUUGCGACGGGGACACCAAUUCUAAAUUUUUCCAUAAUGCUACUCGUAUUCGCAGGCACAUCAACCAGAUCACUCAGGUAAAGGAUGUUGGUGGUAAUUUAUUUACUGAGAGGUCGGGUAUUGAGAAUGCUUUUUUGAAUUUUUAUUCUCGAUUGUGGACUGGUUCAACUACUGAUUCCUUUGCUGAUAUUAUGAGUGAUAUCCCUAAUGAUCUUCCACAGCUCUCGGAUAUGGAUUGUGAUUUCCUCAUUCGUGAGGUUACCCGUGAGGAAGUUAGAUUGUCUGUUUUUGAGCUUCCUUUGGGUAAAUGUCCUGGUCCGGAUGCCUUUAAUGCUGAGUUUUAUCGUUUUUUCUGGGCUGAUAUUGAAGAUAGUUUGUUUGAGGCUGUUAAUUUUUUCUUCACCAAUUCUAUUAUGCCUAAUUCUUGGGGGAAAUCCUAUAUAGCCCUGAUUCCCAAGAAAGACAGUCCUAUGUCUGUUACUGAUUACAGACCAAUAUCUCUGUGCAAUGUGUGUUUUAAGAUUAUUUCUAAAAUCUUGGCCAAUCGUUUGAAGCUUGUUCUCCCUAAUCUUAUUGGUUUUGAUAUGCGGCUUCGCAGUAAUUUUAAUCAUCUUAUGUUUGCUGAUGAUUUAGUCAUUAUUACCCAAAUGUCACGUAAGGCAGCUAGAUCUAUCAAGAUUUGUCUAGACUUUUAUGGCAAAAUUUCUGGACAGGUCGCUAAUGUUUCUAAAUCUGCUAUCUAUUAUCCAACCUGGGCUAGUAAGCGGGUGGCUAGUCGUAUUUGUUCUAUCCUUAACUUCUCGGCUGCUACUUUUCCAUUUAGAUAUCUAGGGAUUCUUAUCUCUCCCAAGCGCUUGGCUAAAUCCACUUUUGCUGCUCUUAUUGAUAACAUUAAAAACCGCUGCUCUCGGUGGGUUCACUCUAAAUUGUCACCUGCAGCCAAGACAGUGCUCAUCAAUACCUCACUUCUGUCCCUUCCUAUCUACUAUAUGUCUGUUUAUCCGAUAUAUGACUCUAUCCUAUUGGAGAUCCAUAGGAUUGUUAGGAGGUUCUUUUGGAGUAAGAGUAGCAAUGGAAAGGGCAUCCAUGUUGUUGCUUGGAAUGAUCUUACUAUUUCUAAGACUGAGGGGGGUCUUGCAAUCAGAAAUCUUACUCUUGCUAAGCAUUCCUUGAUGGCUAAAAAUGUUUUUAAGGACUCCAUCCCUUCUGGUUGCUCCUGGUUCUUUAGGGGGCUCUGCUAUAUAGUCAUCAAAGUUAAUCCUAGCUUAAGAAUUAACUCUGUUAAUCCUGAUCAUACCUCUCUUUACAAUCAUCCCUGGUGCUCUGAGGUUCCUCUCUCGUUGUGUCCUACCUAUUUCAAUGUUAAUUUAAAUUUGGACUCUCUUGGAGUCUCUGAUUUUUGUAGUAAUGGGUCCUGGGAUUUAGACAAGCUUGGGCUGUUAUUUGGUGAUUGGUUGGACUGCUUUAUUCCUAAGCUGGGUGUCAUUGAUUCUAAUGGCAAUAAUCAUUGGGUUUGGUCCUCUAAAUCAGUGAAUCAAAGCACCUCAGCUAUUGUAUAUCAUUAUCUUAAUAGCUCAUCUUGUUGGAUUGAUGGUUGGCCGGGUUGGAAGAGGAUCUGGCAUUUAAAUGUGGCUCCUCGGGUCCAACAUUUCUUGUGGCUAGCUUUUAAGGGAAGAGUUAGUACUUAUGAUUAUCUUUAUUCCAUUAAUCUGAGUCCCAGGAAUUUUUGUGCCAUGUGUAAUUUAAUGCAUGAAUCAAUUGAGCAUCUCUUAUACUCAUGCAAUUUGGCUCAAGCUGUUUGGGGUCAUGUUUGCACUAAGCUUAAUAUUCCAAAUCCCUUUUCUGGGGGUUUUUGUUUUGGCGAAUGGCUCAUCUGUGAUUUACUUUCUCCAUUCGCUAAGGCAGUCAUUGCUUCUGCAACUUGGUUUUUGUGGAAGAAUAGAUGUGACAAAAUUUUCAGGAGCUUUUCUGUCUCUAGCUUGGUCAUUGUCUCCCGGGCUUUCUCCCAUGCAAGGGACUUCUCCUUUGCCCAUGCUGAUAAAUUUGGAUCCCGGUUGAUUCUUAACAAUUUUUCUUUCAGGGAUGGACUUUUCCUUUUCGUGGUCAGCCAAUGGAUUGAGGCAUCAGAGGUGCUGGUCCAGUACAUGCAAGGAGUGCUGAGGAAGCUGAUCUACAGGCGAUCAUCAUUGUUCUUUAGGUUUCUGUGGAUGCUGGUUGCAGCAGUGGAUGAAACACUCAGAUUCUGGAAUGUGUUUGGAACUGCCCAAGCUCCAAAACCUGGGAAGAAGACAGCUCUUUGCUGA